AUGGAUUUAGUCGACCGUGAAAUGGAACGGGCAGAGAUCCAGGCGACCCGAACUUACUCGCAGGAGAGCAAGGAGCGCCGAUCUCUGAAGCAUACGACCUCAAGGCACUCUGCGUCGUCCAGUUCCACCAGCUCAAGUGCCUCUUCAGGCAAUUCAAUGGGUCGGAUAGCCACCGCGCGUGGCCCUAACGUCGGUCUGAGGCGAUCUGAGACGCAUCCAAUCGAAGACCUGAGAAUAGAAACACACCGGCUACAACAGGUCGAGACUGUAGGAGCCAGCGUCAAGUCGAGAGCAGACUCCAAACCCCUUCCUCCCUUUGGGGGAGGCAAGCCUUAUCCUCCUCCAUUGCCAGCGCAGGAAGACUAUGUUGUCGAGUUUGACGGCAUAGAUGACCCUCUGCACCCACAGAACUGGCCUUUUACCAAAAAGCUCUAUCUUGGUGCGAUCCUGGCGUUCACCUGCCUGUGCAGUACCUUUACAUCCUCCGUCUUCUCCUCGUCGACGCAUUCGGUCGCCAAUUACUUCCAUGUCAGCGUCGAGGUGGCCACCCUCAGCACCUCUCUAUACGUACUGGGAUACGCCUUUGGCCCACUCUGCUGGGGACCGUUUUCCGAACUGCGCGGUCGGAGAAUACCCAUUCUGAUCGGCAUGUUUGGCUUUUCAGUGUUUUGUUUCGGCUGUGCUACGGGCAAAGAUAUUCAGACAGUUAUGAUCUGCCGAUUUUUCACAGGGUUCUUCGGUUCGUGUCCGUUGGCUGUGGUCGCGGCAGUCUUUGCCGACAUGUUCGACAACCGCGAAAGAGGGACGGCCAUUGUCAUCUUCUCCUCCAUGGUCUUCAUGGGGCCUAUGCUGGGACCUUUUAUUGGAGGCUUCAUCGACAGCUCCUAUCUCCACUGGCGCUGGAAUGUUUACCUGCCCGGGAUCAUGGGCUCGACCGCCUUAAUCCUCAACCUUGUGUUUUUGCAAGAAUCCUACCCACCGAUGGUGCUGGUUGGCAAGGCCGCCGAGUUGCGUCGCCGGACUAGGAAUUGGGGCAUUCACGCAAAGCAAGACGAAGUCGAGGUGGACUUCCGAGAGCUGAUAUCUAAGAACUUCUCUCGUCCAAUCCGGCUCUUGAUUUCCGAGCCCAUCAUCCUGGCCAUCACUUGCUACAUGUCCUUCAUUUAUGGCCUCCUCUAUCUCUUCCUGACCGCUUAUCCACUCGUCUUCCAGGGCGUCCACCACAUGGCACCCGGUGUGUCGGGUCUUCCGUUCUUCGGAAUGGUGGUGGGUAUAUUCAUCGUUGCAGGCUACAUCAUCUACGACGCCAGAAAUUACAACAGGAAGUUGGACGCCAAUGGAGGCAUUCCGGUUCCUGAGUGGCGGUUGCCUCCUGUCAUCAUUGGAGGCACCUUAUUUGCUCUGGGCCUGCUUUGGUUCGGCUGGUCUGGCUACAAGUCUUCGGUGCAUUGGAUUGUCCCGACUCUUUCUGGUCUGUUCACAGGCUUUGGCCUCCUGGCCAUCUUCAUCCAGUGCUUCAACUACCUGAUUGACUCUUACCUCAUGUUUGCGGCGUCCGCCAUCGCGGCAAACACUUUCCUGCGAUCCAUUUCCGCUGCCGGAUUCCCUCUCUUCGCUCGCCAAAUGUUCAACGGUAUGGGCAUUGAAUGGGCCGGCACCUUCCUCGGGUGCUUGGCACUCUGCCUCGUGCCCAUUCCGGUGCUUUUCUACUUUUACGGCAAAAAGCUCCGGCAGAAGUCCAAAUUCGCUCCGACCAUGGCGGUCAAGAAGCCCGAUGACGAGGAAGACGGCCUUGACGAGGACCAAGAAUUGCAGAUGGCCGCUUUGCACGCCACUAGAAGCCGGGUGCAUCAUGAUCUGGAGGCUGGACGACGGCGGACGAGGUCGGGCACAAAUGGAUCGGCGGCCACGGCCACGACUCCUGCAGCUGCUCCGAUUAACCGCAUGUCAGAAAAGAGCGACUGA